AUAUCAGCAGCACCGACCUGUCUCCGAUUUGCAGAUUACGACUCUAUCAACCAGCUUUUCAUUGACGGCGGACCUGGUACCAAAGUCCUUCUCUGUCCCUCUAAAGUAUAUCGAUUAUCAGGAACCAUCGUCUUCACCGCAGCCGAUCAAGAGCUGGCCACUUUCGGUUAUCCCACUGGAUCCGAAAGAGCUAUCUUACGUGUAGAAUCGAAUAUACUCGCUACUGCUGUUCAAGGUGAUUGUCGACGUUGUGCUAGAGUAAGUAUCCGAUCUCUUGUCAUAGACGGAAACCGUUCGAAAUUAGGUCGAGUGGUGGAAGGAGAAUCUACAGGAUUGGUAGUUUUAGGAGGAAAUGAAGGUCAAUCAAUCCGACAAUGUUCAAUUCAAGAUCCAAGAGGUUUCACAGCUAUUCAUAUUAGAGAAGGAGAUAAAUUACAAUGUACAAGUGCUUUAAUUGAAGAAAAUCAAAUAGGUCCAGUUGGAGAAGAAUAUGAUUCAAAUGUCGAUGGACCAGAUCCUGAAAUGUCACCUUUAGGUCGACCUUUAGCGGAUGGGAUAAGUAUAGCAUGUCGAAAUAGUCAAGUCAAAGGGAAUACUUUUUACGAUAAUACAGAUGCUGCUGUUGUACUUUAUUGUGCACCAGGGACAGAAGUCACGGGAAAUACAAUUACAACGAGAACGUUAUCGGCAAUGGCAGGUAUUUUAGCUGUUGAUGCUGCUCCUUUCGAUGGGGAUUACAGUGGGACUGUCAUUGAAGGAAACACCAUAACGGCGGAAUCCAGGACGAUUCGAGUGGGUAUAGGAUUAGGUUCAGCCGUUUGGUCAGAUGACACGGAAACGGUUCUUAAAGGUGGAAGGGUCUUGGGUAAUAGUAUCAAGGGAGAUUAUAUGGGUUUUGGAAUAGCAGCAGCAGGAUUGAAAAAUUGGAUAGUGAGAGAUAACGUUGAUACAGCGAUUCAUCAAGGAAGGAGAAGUGCAAGAUGUUUCGAAGAACCUAUCAAUCCGGAACCCAUGGCCAUGGUGUGGGAUAAGAAAUCAGUUAUAGACAGUGAAGUACAGGAUGACUUUCAGGAUCAUGAGUUUCAAUAUGUCGUAUGCAUCGACGGUCUCGAGGACAAACUUCAUCUCCAACCAAUCCCAGAUCUCCCUGCUACAGUAAAAGAACCUGAACCCGAGCCGACAGAAGUGAUCACGUUCAAUACCGGUUCUGAAGUGAUGGACGAUAUUCUUGAACAUAGUCAGGAUCGUAUGCUUGAAGCUAUAGAGCAUCUGGGACGAGUGAUGGAUAUU